ACUCACCAGACGGAAUAGUGACUUUGAUUGCAAGCAUUAAUUUCCAGGGGACACCCGGGUUUGAAAAAUGUAUAAUCGAUAAGCCUGCAAGAAGAACUUGCAGAAGACUUCCUGUUUACAAAGAAACCCCAAUUACAGAUAUUGAUAUUUUUUAG